AUGAAUUGGACACCAAUUUUGAUUGACUGGGAUACCAGCGAUAGAACUCAGAUGGAUUACACCCAAGAUACCAUCAAACCAAUAAACACAUCAGCCAUCACAGAAGGUGUUCCUACUGGAGAAGCCGACCCUAGCUCGGGUACCGAUAUAGAAACGAUAGAGGGGUUAGUGAUGUUCGGUAAAUUGAUUUCUUCGGCUCAUAAAGAGUGCAUGGAGAUAGAAACUGACCUUAGACUAGUCCCACAAUACUCCAAUUUUGAGCACUAUUUGGCAUAUAAAUACAAAUUUUCUACUUCUGGUAAUCAUUGCUAUUGUAAUCGCUGCAUUGGAUCUUUGGAAAUGGCCCACUUCAACGUCAUCAAGACCCGGAAUAUUCUGUACAGCAAGCUUGUUACUUUAGCAAAGAAUAAUCUAAAGUAUCGCGAGAGAUAUUCAACACUUUACCACCAACUCACCGGCUUCAGUGUAAAAUUCUCCGAUAUGCCUUUUGAUUUGCCAAUCAUGGAUAAUUCUUGCUACGAUUACCAACGUCCCACCCCUCUGGUUCUUGGAAUCUGCCACUUUCGUCGUCGUUAUGAAAGACUGGAGGCUUGCCAUGUCAAAAUUGUUCAGACCAAGGAUACUUUAUGUCAACAGAUCGAUGCCAUGACUAUCAUGAAUGAAGAUUUACUCGAUAAAUGCGAUCAGCUAUUCGCGAUUAUGCAAGAGAAGAUUUCGGCCAAUUCAGAAGCAUUUGAUGAGCACUACGAAUACGACCCUGAGGAUUCUUGCCCCUGCCAUCAUAACUGCAGUGACUGCAAAGAGAUGAUGGAAGGACAAAUCGAGGAUCUCUACCGUAAAAGAACCAAAUUCCAUACCGAGUGCGAUACCACCAUGGAAAAAUACGAGACACUUAAGAGAAAAUACAAAGCUCUAGUCCGUGGUGUUACCAACUCUUCAAGGUUUCAAGUUCCUAGGGACCCAUACGAUGUCCAAGAGCAGCAUAAGUCUUACGUGUAUCUCAGAUCUCAAACAGAUGAAUCUGUCGUAGAGCUGUUUGGAGACGCCGAAUCUUACCAAAACGAAAAUUCGGAUACACCUCGCGAUCGUUGUGGUUCGUGUUCUUACUGUGCUCUUGAGCUGAAACUCAUCAGUGCUGCCAAGUUCAACCGCAUUUUUCUUGAAAUGUUUAAUUUUGAUAAGCAAUACAACGAUUUAUUCGAGAAGUAUUCGAAUUUUCGAGAUAUAGUCACAUGA